AAAAUAUUAUUAAACUUUUAAAUGAGAUUAAGUUUGAUAAAUGUCUUAAUAUAUAUGGAGUGUCACAAAAUCCAGAUAUGGGAGACUAUAUUAUAGUUUUUCCAAAGUUAUAUUGUAAAAAAUGUGAUAAAAAAUAUAAAGGUAGAUUUGAUGCAAAUUAUGAAUGGUGCUUAUCGUGUCAAACGAAUAAUUUAAAACAAAAUUUUACAAACUGGACCAGUGGAAAUGAAAAAAUUGAUAAUUUAAUUCAAGAAAUGCAAUUAGAAAUUAAUAAACUAGAUGAUAUUAUAUUUGAAUGGAUACCAUACAACCAGUUUAAUGACAUUAAAGAAAUAGGUGAAGAAGGUUUUGAUAAAGUAUAUUCAGCAAUAUGGAAUGAUGGUCCAUUAGGUUUUGAUAAAUAUAAAAAUGAAUAUACAAGAAAUUUGCAGGAUAUAAAGGUUGCUUUAAAAUUAUAUAGUGGAUUACUAAAUGAGAUUAAGGAAGACUUAAAUAAAUAUUAUGGUAAAAUAUUUGGAAUCUCUCAAAAUCCAUACACGAAAAAUUAUAUUAUAGUACUUGAAAAUGGAUUUAGUAGAAUAUGCGAAAAAUGUGGUGAAAUUAAAGAAUAUAUUUGUUUAUUGUGCUACAAAAAUUAUUUGAAAAAAUUUUUAUUUAAUUGGAGUGGAAAUGAAAAAAUUGAUAAUUUAGUCAAACAAAAGCAGUUGAAAAUUAACUUUUUUAUAGAUAUAAUAUUUGAGUUUAUACCAUACAAUCGAUUUAAUGAUAUUAAAGAAAUAAAUAGAACUAAUUGUACAAUAAUAUAUUCAGCAGUAUGGAAUGAUGGUCCAUUACUUCAUAAUAAUAAGAAAUGGGCAAGAGAAUCAAAUAAAAAAGUUUCGUUGAAAUUAUAUAAUUUACAAAAUAUUGAUGAAUUCUUAAAUGAGGUAUUAAAACUUUUAAUUUCUUUUUUUUUUGGAAAAUAUUAUAAUUUAUUUUUUUUUUUGUCUUUAUAGGUUAAAAAAUAUUUAUCAAGAAAUGAUAAUCCAGUAUAUGGAAUAUCUCAAAACCAAGAUUUAAAAUAUAUUAUUGUUUUUCAAUAUGAUUUGUGUUGUAAAAGUUGUGGUGAAGAA